ACAGUAACAGAAAACUCCGAAGAGAACGUAGGAGCCGCCGAGAGCUCCUUCAGGGCACUGCGACGACGUACAAACAAUAUUUCUUUUUUUUUUCUUUACGAAAAUUCCAUCAGUUCGAUCUCACGACGAGAACCGUGCGACGGGUAUAAUAUCUGUGCGUGAGUCAUUCACCCGAGAGCAAGAUGAGAUAUAUUAUUCUGACACUGGCAGCUGCGCUUUGUCUCGCAUUGGUGAGCUCACAUCCGCUUCCGGAAGACGGGCUCCGAUCGGAGGCCCUCGAUCGGCUGGUGAUGGCCGAAGCCGACAGCGAGGCGGCCCUGAGAAGCAAAAGGACAAUCGGCAUCCUACGACAGAUCUUCCCCGAGAUCUCCCAGGACGUGAACCCAGAGUCGGAAAAUCGAGUGAACGAGAUCGGAGCGGAGUCGCAGAACAACGAGGUGCGGGUGCAAUUCGCGGACGAAGUGCCGAGCGAGAACUCGCAGCAGGAGCUGGCGCCAUUGGACGAGGUCGAGGCGAACGAGGACGAAAACAGGAACAAGAGAUUCCUCUUCGGCUUCGGUGGCGGUGCCGGCAGCGCUGGAUCGGGCAACUUCCUCUUCGACAUUAUCAGGCAAGCGGCCGACGGGGCGGCAAGAGCGGCGGGCACGGUGUACCGUGUCGUGGCCGGUACACAGAGCCUCGGGCUCGGGCUAAGCGCCUCGCGCGAUGUGGGCCCGGCGCUCCAGCAGGCCGCCCCCGCUACUGCUAAUCCCGCCGGCGGCACUGGCGGCACCCCGACGUCCGGCGCACCCUCGACAGCCGCCCCAGGAGCCGGCAUUCUACCACCGCUGGUGACCGGAAGCGGAAGUAAUCAGCAGGACGGCGGCGCCGGCGCCGGAAGGACGGACGUGACGGUGGAGGAGGCCGUGCCUGGUCCUGUCACCAGGUUCUUCGUCCUCGCCAACCGAGGGAUCUCGAAUCUCAUCCAGGAUCUCAUACUCCGCCUGGCGGCUACGAGCGAACGCAUCGUCAACUUCAAAGCGCGACUGAUCACCUCCAUCAUCUAAGACCUCGUUCGAGGAGGACCGAGAUGAGGAAACACAGAAGAAGAAGAGGCCUUCCCCCGGUCUUGGUACCGUAGCGUCACGAGCACCAUCACCGGGCCGAUCACCUCUGCCAGCAGGAGCACGGGUACGACGUUGGCAACGUGAACCAUUCACGAGCACGGCGUUGCCCCCUUGUCCCCGGGAUCCGAUACCCUCGUCGAUGGCCGUCGAACUCUAUGCGAAAACACUAGGCAGUUUGUCAUCAGACGCACAUUCCUCCCCAACGAUCGACGUUAACUCGAUUCUGUCCGACUUUGUUCACUCUGUUUCCAGUCUAAUUCCCUUCUUCUUUCUCGUUCUUUUCUUCUAUGUGCUUUCUUGUUUUCUCUCUCUCUCUCUCUCUCUCUCUCUCUCUCUCUCUUUCUCUCAAUUUUCUUCCUCCCCUUUCUCUUUUUCUUUCGUUCUCAUUCCUUAUGUCUGUUAUUUCUAUUCUUUAGUCGAUUAGAAUAAUGAUAACGAUAGAGGAAUUUCCGUAGGUGGUCGUCGUUUUAAGACGAUCGGGAUUCACUCGUAAUGGCGCGGCUCGUGCCGCUGCGGUACGACGAAAAUACACUGAGAAAGGUGGUGAAACUGUAAAAAUCGUUUUCAAUUUGUGAUACCACACGUUCUCCGUUGACACUUCGAACGAAAUGUUUCAUGCGCCGACGACUACGAGACGGAUCUCUCCGCCGAGGAUCGUCCUCCGACACGAGACGAAAAUAUUUAAAUUCGCGCUCACACAGAGUACAGCUAUAUAAAUAUACGUAUAAAGAGUUUAUUUUUUUACAUUGAAAGUACGAUACGAUUUUUCUCGACCGUGAGAGGGGAAGACGGUAGAUUCGCGCUCCGCCCGGAAGGAUGAGACAAGGCCGGCUUGUUCGCCCUAAUAACGACGCGUUUCGAUCGAACGUCGUCGUCGAGCACGAGAUAUCGUAAACCUGUACAUAGCUCUUACCCCGGAAUGCAACAGUGCCAGGCAUUCGUCGUUACCACCCAUUUGUUUUCUAUUGUUUUCUCGUCUAAUUAUUAUAAUCCUCUAUAUCUCUGUCUCGUUCCUCUUAGAAACUUUUCGCGAUAACGCAGAACACGUGAAAUCCAGACGAAUAAUCUCGCUGAGUGUAGCUGACAAUCAAAUUAAAAUCAUUCCUGCUUGAUGCGUACUUCGGUUCUGUACAUCACGUUCUGUUAGAAGUCCGUCAACAACGAUAAACAAAGAGCUCCUCCCUUCUUGGAUUUUCUCGUCGCGGGAACAUCCGACAAGCGGUAAUUUGAAAAAAUGUAAAGUGACAACAAUACGAAAAACGCGACGUUUUGUCGUCGUUGAAAUCGAGCGCAUGAUUUUCUCUGUGUAAAACGUCCCUGUUGUUUUGUAGUGUAAAUAAAUAUUAUUGUAAUAAGAA